AAUGAUAGUAUUCCAGAUUUUUUAGCAAAACUUAGAUUAUAUUUGCAAAAUCAAGGUGUAGAUUUAGCAGAUAAUGCGAGAGGUCUACCCACAGGAAGAGAAGUAGCAAUAGAAUAUUUGAGAGGAUGUAUGAGAGGAAGAGCCUUAGAAUGGUUUAACAAAGAAAUUACUAUAAAACAGAAUUGGAAAUUAGCAAACUUACUUGAUAAUAUAGGGCAGGGUAACUUAAUAGCAGUAAAUGGGUGA